UAAAAAGCAAAAAGCUCCUCGAAGGGGCUAAUAUAUAACCAAUCAACUUCCCCUCUCCUCAAUCAAGCAAUCUCAUUUUCUUCUUCACUCAAACCCUAGCAAUCCCUGCUCGAUUCAUCUGAAAAAUAUGCCUUCGAUUCCCGAAGAGCCCCUUCUCGCCCCAAAUCCUGAUCGAUUCUGUAUGUUCCCCAUCCAGUACCCCCAAAUUUGGGAGAUGUACAAGAAAGCCAUGGCGUCUUUUUGGACCGCCGAGGAGGUCGAUCUCUCGCAGGAUCUACGCCAGUGGGAGGCCCUCACCGCCGGCGAGCAGCACUUUGUCAAGCACGUCCUCGCCUUCUUUGCUGCCUCCGAUGGCAUCGUUCUCGAGAAUCUCGCCGGACGCUUCAUGAAGGAGGUCCAGGUAUCGGAGGCGCGGGCUUUCUACGGGUUCCAGAUCGCCAUCGAGAAUAUCCACUCCGAGAUGUACAGCCUCCUCCUGGAGACUUACAUCAAGGACUCCGCAGAGAAGGAGCGGCUGUUCCACGCGAUUGACACCAUCCCGUGUGUGGAGAAGAAGGCUAAGUGGGCAUUACGAUGGAUCGACGGCUCUGAAUCAUUCGCCGAGCGUUUGCUGGCAUUUGCCUGCGUGGAAGGAAUCUUCUUCUCCGGGAGCUUCUGCUCCAUUUUCUGGCUGAAAAAGCGCGGCUUGAUGCCUGGCUUGUCCUUCUCAAAUGAGUUGAUCUCUCGAGACGAGGGUUUGCACUGUGACUUUGCGUGCUUGCUCUAUGGCUUGCUGAAGAGGAAACUGAGCGAGGAGAGAGUGAAGGCAAUUGUGGGGGAUGCGGUUGAGAUCGAGAGGGAAUUCGUGUGUGACGCCCUUCCAUGUGCUCUUGUGGGCAUGAAUGGAGAUCUGAUGAGCCAGUACAUAGAGUUUGUGGCGGAUAGAUUGCUGUGUGCCCUGGGAUGCAGUAAACUCUACAACGCCCAAAAUCCCUUUGACUGGAUGGAGCUGAUUAGCUUGCAGGGGAAGACUAAUUUCUUCGAGAAGCGGGUUGGAGAAUAUCAGAAGGCCUCUGUCAUGUCUAGCUUGAACGGUGAUGGUGGAGACACUCAUGUUCUGAAGUUGGAUGAGGACUUCUAAUUUACACUCAUGCACAUCACUUUCUUUAUCAUUUCUUUGCAAGCUGCUUUCGCUCUUCGCUCUAUGUCAGUCAGUCAUGCCUUGUUCAGUGUUUGCUUAAUUUAGGUCUUUUAAAAAGCCAUAGCAGUACGGAGUAUGUAAUAGUGUUCACGCCAUUGUAAUUUUCAAGCGCAGUGUUUCUGGUUUCACUACUUGAUCGGAGGAGUCACACAACCAUGUUUAUAAACAUCUGUUUUUUACAAUUUUACUAAAGAUAUGGUCCAAAAACGACACUGAGUUUUUUUAAUGAAGUUUGGAUUGGACACUAAAGUUUUAAGAAGACCAAGAAACACAAAUUUAAACCUUUUGAAUCCAUUUGAGCCACCCUUUUAACAUCUCCUUUAGAUGAACCUCCCUGCCGCUAAACAACACAGCCCUAAAAGCUGAGUUCAUGUGGGUAAACUGACGUGCCACCAGCAAGCUCUCUUGGGAACCGCGACCCAGCUCUUUUGUGUAUACCGCUAUGGUGUCCAUGGAUUAGUUUGAGUUUCUUAUGUGAUUAGCUUCUGAUUUCGUAGUCGCUAUCCACCUCUAAAUUCAGGUCUGACCUUGGUUGAGGCUGAAAGGAUGGUUUAUGACCGGAAAAGCAAGGAAAUUGGAUAUACGGUUCGUAGAUUUACUAUCCACGCUUGAUGUGCAUUUGGACUCAGGUCCUUAUUUCAGACGAGUGUCACUGGAAUUGGUGAGUGGUUUGGGAGUCCCCAUAUCCUCGCGCAGCUACCCAGUCGUUCAUUGGGGGGUGUGGGAGUCGGUUAGCCAGAAUACCGCUUUUGGGGAUUGAGCGGUUUGCUGCUCAUUUGCAACCUGAUCUUCGAAACCUGCUAUGGUGAGAAAUAACAAACCUUAGGGGAGGCGUCUACAGAAAGUGUUGUUUGAUGCAAUUGCAUUGGGAGAAAAAGAGCCGACCUGUUCUGACUUCUGAUGGGAGGACUGGAAGCAAGAAGUGAUGAGGCGAAGUCCAAAGCUGAUCUAUUACGGCGGUGCUUUGUAGUGGCUUUGAAUUGAACAAAAUAACGGAGCAGUUAACGGGUGGCUGAAAUGGAAUCAAAAGGUUUAAAUUUUUGUUUAUUUGGUCUACUUAAAACUUUAGUGUCCAAUUUGAACCUCAUUAAAAAGCUUAGUGUCAUUUUUGAGCCGGAUAGUGAGUGCUUGCAUUUGCUAUUUAUUUAAAUAAAGUUAGCCAUCUAUACUCCGUACUCAUCUUUAGUUGUUUCGGCCAUUUUUUACUUUGUUAAUGCACAUGGUGACUGGUGGUAGUAUUUUCAAAAGGACACAUGCUGCACGGGUACAAUAUCAAAGUAGAAAAUGCUUAGAAUGCAGAUUUUUUUGUUCUAUACAGAACAUGCCUUGUUAUUGAUGCUUCUUUUUCAACAAGUCAAUAAGAUUGUGGCUCAGCUGAUUUAGUUUGUUA